AUGUCUCGGCGCAAGCAGGCCAAGCCCCAGCACCUCAAGUCGGACGAGGAGCUGCCGCCGCCGGACGGGGCGCCCGAGCACGCCGCCCCGGGGGAAGCUGCGGACGACGGCGACAGCGGCAACGAGAGCAGGAGCGGGAGCGAGGGGACCAGCGUGUGCGAGAAGUGCUGUGCCGAGUUCUUCAAGUGGACGGACUUCCUGGCGCACAAGAAGAGCUGCACCAAAAACCCUCUGGUGCUGAUCGUGCCCGAAGAUGAGGCGGCGCCGCCCGCAGAAGACUUUCCGGAACCUUCUCCCGCGAGCUCUCCCAGCGAGCGGACCGAGAGCGAGGCCACCGAGGAGGCCGCCCCCGCAGACAGCGGCGAGGGCAGCGAGGUGAAGGCCCCAGAGAGGGGGGACGAGCCCAUGGACGUGGAGCCCGCCGGGGACAAGGGCUUACAGGGGCCGGGCACCGCAGGCGUGGCCAAGCCCACCCCCGCUCCGGCGCCGGAGCCGUCCCCCGUGGCCGCCUAUGGCAUGCCGAGCACCAACGUGACUCUGGAGGCACUGCUGAGCACCAAGGUGGCCGUGGCGCAGUUCUCGCAGGGCGCACGCGCGGCAGGGGGCGCGGGAUCGGGCGGCGGGGUGGCCGCAGUGGCCAUCCCCAUGAUCCUGGAGCAGCUCGUGGCGCUGCAGCAGCAGCAGAUCCACCAGCUGCAGCUCAUUGAGCAGAUCCGCAGCCAGGUGGCCGUGAUGAGCCGCCAGCCCCUGCGCCCGCUGCUCAAUCCUGCAGCAGCUCAGGGUGUGCCAGCGCCGGCCCCUGGCCCGCUGCAGGGGCUGGCCUCGCCCUCGGCCCUGCCGCUUUCGGCCGGGGCGCCCCCUGCCGCCGCCGCCGCCGCGGGCUCGGGCCCCGCUGCCCCGCCGGCCGCCUUCGAGGGCGCCCAGCCCCUGGCGCAGCCGGCGUCCGCGGCGAGUACUCCCGGAGCCCCCGGUGGCGGCCCCUCUGUCCCCGUGGAGGGCAGCGGGCCGGCAGCCUCAGGCACGGCCCUCGCCUCCGCCGCCCCCACCCCGGGGUCCAGCGCGGCGGGCAGUGCCUCGCAGCCGCAGAGCGCCUCCACGCCCCCCGCACUGGGGCCGGGGCCCCUGCUCGGCUCGACCUCCAGCCUGCCAAACCCUCUUCUACCUCAGACCUCCUCAAGCAGCGUCAUCUUCCCCAACCCGCUGGCCAGCAUCGCGGCCACGGCCAACGCCCUGGACCCCCUAUCGGCACUCAUGAAGCACCGCAAAGGCAAGCCCCCCAACGUAUCGGUGUUCGAGCCCAAGGCCAGUGCCGAGGACCCCUUCUUCAAGCACAAGUGCAGGUUCUGUGCCAAGGUCUUCGGCAGUGACAGCGCGCUACAGAUCCACCUACGCUCGCACACGGGCGAGCGGCCCUUCAAGUGCAACAUCUGCGGGAACCGCUUCUCAACCAAAGGCAACCUGAAGGUGCACUUCCAGAGGCACAAGGAGAAGUACCCCCACAUCCAGAUGAACCCCUACCCCGUCCCGGAGUACCUCGACAAUGUGCCCACCUGCUCGGGGAUCCCCUACGGCAUGUCGCUGCCUCCGGAAAAGCCCGUGACCACCUGGCUGGACAGCAAACCUGUGCUGCCCACAGUGCCCACGUCUGUGGGGCUGCAGUUGCCUCCCACCAUCCCCGGCGUGCACGGCUACACCGACUCCCCCAGUGUCACCCCCAUCAGCCGCUCCCCGCAGAGGCCCUCUCCCGCAUCCAGCGAAUGCCCCUCCUUGUCCCCAGGCCUCAACAACACCGAGUCCAGCAUCCCCGUGACCGCCGAGUCCCCACAGCCACUCCUCGGCGGGUCUUCUCUGACUAAAACCGAGCCCGUCGUCCUGCCCUGCACAAACGCCAGGGUAGGGGACAUCCCUGUGAGUGGGCAGGUCAGCUCAGCGCCCACCUCGGCGGCAGCCGCGGUCUCAGACAGCGUGUCCACGAGCCUCAGUAGCCCCGGGCUUCCAGCAGUCUCCGACCAGUUCAAGGCACAGUUUCCCUUUGGAGGGCUGCUCGACUCUAUGCAAACCUCGGAAACCUCGAAGCUGCAGCAGUUGGUGGAGAACAUCGACAAGAAGAUGACGGACCCCAAUCAGUGCGUCAUCUGCCAUCGCGUGCUGAGCUGCCAGAGUGCCCUGAAGAUGCACUACAGGACGCACACGGGCGAGCGGCCCUUCAAGUGCAAGAUCUGCGGCCGCGCCUUCACCACCAAGGGGAACCUGAAGACGCACUUCGGUGUCCACCGUGCCAAGCCGCCCCUGCGCGUGCAGCACUCCUGCCCCAUCUGCCAGAAGAAGUUCACCAACGCCGUGGUCCUGCAGCAGCACAUCCGCAUGCACAUGGGGGGACAGAUCCCCAACACCCCACUGCCAGAAGGCUUCCAGGAUGCCAUGGACGCAGAGCUGCCCUACGACGAGAAGAACACAGAGACCCUGAGCAGCUACGGUGACGACGGCGAUGAGAAUUCCAUGGAGGAGGACACGGAGCUGAAGGACAUGGCCAGCGACGUGGCCAAGCCACUCCUCUCCUACCCGGGGUCCUGCCCACCCUCUCCCCCCUCUGUCAUCUCGAGCAUCGCAGCCCUGGAGAACCAGAUGAAAAUGAUGGACUCAGUCAUGAGCUGUCAGCAGCUGACCAGCUUGAAGGCCGUGGAAAACGGGUCCGGGGAGAGCGACCACCUGAGCAAUGACUCCUCGUCGGCCGCAGGCGACCUGGAGAGCCGCAGCGCGGGCAGCCCAGCACUGUCCGAGUCUUCGUCCUCGCAGGCGCUGUCGCCAGCCAAUAGCAACGGCGAGAGCUUCCGCUCCAAGUCCCCAGGCCUGGGCAGCCAGGAGGAGCCUCAGGAAAUUCCGCUGAAGACAGAAAGGCCCGACAGCCCGCCACCCGCCCCUGGAAACGGGGGCGCCCUGGACCUGACCGCUGGCCCCCCCGGCCGGCCGACCAUCAAGGAUGAGGCCCCCUUCAGCCUGCUGUUCCUGAACAGAGAGCGUGGUAAGUGUGCAAGCACUGUUUGUGGUGUCUGUGGCAAGCCUUUUGCUUGCAAGAGCGCAUUGGAAAUCCACUACCGCAGCCACACUAAGGAGCGGCCGUUCAUCUGCACGGUCUGUGGGCGUGGGUGUUCCACUGUGGGCAAUUUAAAGCAGCACUUACUGACGCACGGAUUGAAAGAGGUGCCUUCUCAGUUAUUUGACCCCAACUUUACUCUAGGUCCCAGCCAAAGUACUGCUACCCUGGUCACCAGCACUGCGCCCACCAUGAUCAAAAUGGAGGUGAACGGUCACAGCAAGGCCCUCGCUCUGGGUGAGGGCCCGCCGCUGCCGGCCACAGUCCAGGUCCCUGCCGGGCCUCAGACAUUGAUGAGCCCAGGCCUCGCGCCCAUGCUGGCCCCACCGCCACGCCGGACACCCAAGCAGCACAACUGCCAGUCGUGCGGGAAGACCUUCUCAUCAGCCAGCGCCCUGCAGAUCCACGAGCGCACCCACACUGGGGAGAAGCCAUUCGGAUGUACCAUCUGUGGCAGGGCCUUCACCACCAAGGGGAACCUCAAGGUGCACAUGGGCACGCACAUGUGGAACAAUGCCCCUGCGAGGCGUGGCCGCCGCCUGUCCGUGGAAAACCCCAUGGCUCUCCUCGGUGGUGACGCCCUCAAGUUCUCUGAAAUGUUCCAGAAGGAUCUGGCAGCUCGCGCCAUGAACGUCGACCCCAACUUUUGGAACCAGUAUGCCGCAGCAAUCACAAACGGGCUGGCCAUGAAGAACAACGAGAUUUCUGUCAUCCAGAACGGAGGCAUCCCCCAGCUCCCUGUAAGUCUUGGCGGAAGCGCCAUCCCCCCUUUGGGUGCCGUGGCAGGUGGUACCGACAAGGCUCGCACCGGCGGCAGCCCACCCACUGUCAGCCUGGACAGGGCAGGUGCAGAGGCCAGCCGCCCAUUCACGAGGUUUAUCGAGGACAACAAGGAGAUCGGUAUAAACUAG